UCUCCGUUCUGACGUAUGACUCAUUCUGUCCAAGAUGGCGACACACCUGCUGUCAUAGAGAUGUCCCGCGGCUUAAAGCAAUUGAGAGCCCUGGAAAGUGAGUGAGAAUUACCCGACGGCGUAAAGGAUUGGACUCUGUCGUCAGCCAUGUCCACAGAGGAGUUGUCAGCCUCGGACAGCGAGGCCGUGUUGGCCGGCGCCGGAGAGCGCUGGGCACCGGUGGGCGCCGUGGCCACCCCCGAGGAGGAGAGAGCGAGCGUCGGCCAGCAGAGGCAGAGAGGCUCGGCCGGCGAGGAGGAAAUGGCGGUGCGGCUGAUGAGGCUGGAGGAGGAACAGGAGCAGCUCAACUCCUCUUUGCUUGCCCUCACGUCGCACUUCGCCCAGGUGCAGUUCCGCCUCAAGCAGAUCGUCCACGCACAGAGCGAGGAGAAGGAGAAGAUGCUCACCGAGCUGGAGGACUUCGCCUUCAGGGGCUGCCCGCAUGUGGUGGGCAGCAGGGCCUGGGACGCCCAGCAGAUCCACAACACGAGUGAGCGAGAGAAGCGUGAGCGCCUGGAGGCUCAGAGGGAGAAACAAAAAGAUCUCAUUUUCCAGCUGAAGACCCAGCUGGACGACCUGGAGCACUUUGCUUACCAGGAGGGCAGCUACGACUCGCUGCCGCAGUCGGUGGUCAUGGAGAGGCAAAAGGUUAUCAUUGACGAGCUGAUCAAAAAGCUGGACGUCAACUUGAACGAGGACAUCGGCAACUUGUCGCCGGAGGAGCUGCGAUACCGAGUGGACGCCGCCAUCGCACAGAUCGUCAACCCGGCGCGUGUGAAGGAGCAGCUGGUGGAGCAGCUGAAAACGCAGAUCCGAGACCUGGAGAUGUUCAUCAACUUCAUCCAGGAUGAGGUGGGCAACCCUCUCCUGUCUGAUGGCUCGCCUCAAGCAUCCUCCGCCAAGGCCAGGGCCCCCGGAGUGAAGAGGACAGUGGACCCGGAGCAGGCCCAGAGGAUGCGGGAGACGGGUCUGCAGCUGAUCCAGAAGGCGCUUGCCGUACUGCAGAUCUUCGCCGCCAGCCAGUUUGGCUGCUCGGCCAGCCAGGUUCCCACGAGCAUGUGGCCUCAAGAGUCGGGCCAGCGAGACUACGGUCCUCUGCUGCAGCGCCUGGAGGCAAUGGUAGAGAAGGUGCGAGUGCUGGGCUCACGCAGACAGCCGGCCCUUGAGCACGUAGUCAACUACACCAGCAACUCGGCGCUGGGACCGCGGGACGAGCUGACGACGUGCGUCAGGAAGGAGCUGGCGAUGGCACUAAAGGACUUGUUGGCCCACGGCCUGGUGUCGCCGUCACAGACCGUCAGCCUGGUGCUGGCACCCAUCUCCUGCCUGCUGCCCUACAGGGCCACCCCGCAGACCAUGCAUCCCUGGGAACUCUUUGUCAAGUACUACCACUCCAAAAACGGCAAGGCCUUCGCCGAGUCACCGGCUCGCCAGCUCUCGCAGUCCUUCAGCCUGCCUGUAGGUGGCGGCCCCAUCACAGUCACCCCCAAACAGUCUCUGCUUUGGGCCGUCCACACUGUGCUGAAGGAGCACGGGCGCUACAAGCGAGGUCCAGACAUGGAGUUCAAGGCGCUGGUGUGCAUGGCGCUCAACGAGCAGCGUCUGGUGUCCUGGCUCAACCUGCUGUGUAAGGCGGGAACACUCGUGCACCCGCACUACCUCUCCUGGAGCUACAUGGCGCAGACUGGCUUCGAGGGUGCCCUGCGCAUCCUGGGACGCAUCAGCCACCUCAAAUUUAACCUCCCUGUCGACCUGGCCGUGCGACAGCUGAAAAACAUCAAGGACGCUUUCUGAAGCGAGCAGACGUUACACGCUGGACGCUGAACGUGGCACAGCAGCAACGUGACCAAGAUGAUGACGCUGCAAACAUCAUCUGCAGAUCCUCUUCAAAAUGUCUCCAAAGAUAUGCUAUGUUGUGUCAUUGCCUUUGACUUGAAGUGACCUCGCCUUCUUCCUGAGCUUCAUGACCGCUAAACAUUCCUGCGCUACCGAGGAUGGACGUGUACGCUAACCGCUAACUGUAAUGUGGCUCACAAUCCAAGAUGGACGCACACACACGGCAACCUCCCGACCUGCUGCUUUUAGCUGAAAAAGUACAUUUUGCCGCUUUGUUUGUCUCAUGGCUGCUGAACAAGUGAAGUCUCGCAGUUCCGCUUCAAGCUGUUCUUUGGGUGUAAAGUGAUUUAUUUGAUUGAAUGACAAACAUGUAUUUAUUGUUUUGUUACGUGAUUACAGUAAAACAAUAUUUGGUUGUGUUUCAUCCUGAGUAGCAAGUAUCUUAUGCCCGAAUGUAAAAAUACAGAUGCUAUUAAAGCUGUAGCGAUGAUAGCAGCACUAAUACAUCAUCCUCAUCCUCACACGUUUAAGUCAUUCAUUUUUGUGCAACGGGAGACACAUUUUAUUUGAGUUUGUUGUCAUGUUAAUGCCAGCUGUUAUUUAUGUAUGCAGUAAUUUAUUUAUUGAAUUGCAUUUUUUAGCUUUAAAAGGUAAAGCAUCUCAGCAGACUUUCUAAGCAGGUGCUGUGCUCAUUCUUCAGUCCAGUAGCAGAAGCCAGGCCGAUUGCUGCGUAUGUAGCUAUUCAAAUUCUUAUUUAGUCUUAUUUCUUCACCUCCAACACUAAGAAUAUGUCAAGAUGUUGAAUUAAGUUCUGUUUUGGGGUGCACACAUUCUCAUGGUGUUUCAUUCCGUUGACCAGCAGAUUGAAACUGAUUAAACGCAUUGCUGUGCUUCUCAUGA